GCAAACAGCCUAGCAUUUCCCUUGUUUGUUAUUUUCAGACAGUCACUCAGAGAACGUCGCUUACCUGCUUCUUGGAAGAUAUCCGUCGUAAUUCCUUUAUUCAAGAAGGGCUCGAGGAAUGAUGUCUGCUGAUGAAACUGACGCCUUUGGAAUGGUUAAGAAGGAACCUAAAACGCCCAUUAAGGGCGUCUUGGACAAACAGCCAGCUCCGAAGAUCAAGACAGAGAAGGGAUGUUUGAAAAAUGUCAGUGGGCCGGCAAACUCAGCAAAAGGUGAUCAGAAGACGGGUAACUCUAAACCAUCCCACAAGCCACCUAAGAAACGACAGAAAAUGACGGCUCGACCAGUCCCCAUUGCUCCCGCGGGGCAAGGCUGUAUCAAACCACCGCUAGUCAGUAAUGUGGUCUACACGAGCGAGCGCGUAAAGCGAUGCAGUUUUCCAGGCUGUAACUACGCAUCGAUGUUCAAGAAGGAGAUCAGGCAGCACGAGACCCAGGCGCAUCCAGAGAGUCGUAAAUGCAGUUUCUGCGAUCAUUUGGCACCGUCACAGAAGGAGCUGGUCAUUCACGUACACCGAUAUCACGCCAAGAAAAACGACCUGAGCUGUGACCAGUGCGGCUACCGCGGCGUUAAUGCAGCCCGUCUGCUCACACACCAGAGACUUGCCCACAACUUCCUGGCAACGCAGGACGUUAAACAUCUCGUGUGCCAUGAAGAGGACGCCGCCGGAGUCAGAUGCACCGCUAGGUUCGGCUUUCUGUCGCAGCUCAGAUGUCAUCUGACCGAACAGCACGGCAUCAGGCCUGCGGCAAUCAAACUCACCACCGGCUUCAAGACGGUCGAAGAGUUCAUGACGUGGAAGGCAGCCUACGAGCGGGAGAGCCAAACCCGCUACCGCCUGGUGGCCCGUCCGCUGCGAUGGGACCGGCCGGCCACCUAUGUGUGCUGCCGCUCCGGUCGGGGCUCCGAGGCCGCCUCCCGACUCCACCUCUACGAGAACCGGGGCUUCCGCUGCACGUCGACACUGCGCGCGACCGAGUCGUCAGCGGGUCGAGUGAGGAUCACCCUGUAUCCGUAUCAUUACGGACACGAUAGAGAGUGUCCCGAGAGUGAUAGUGAGGAUGAAGCGGCGGUGACUGAGACUGUGACGGAGACUGAGGACACGGCAGAGGUAGAGACUGAGAGUGACGGGUCAGAGGAGUGUGAUGACGUCGGAGGGGUUGGGAUGUCCAGGCCAAAUAUGGAUAUGGAUGUUUGUGAUGACGAUAUCGAUGGGAACGCGUCGGGUGAAGCGGAGGAGCCGGGUAGUCAGAAUGAGCCAAGUGGGAGGGUAUGUCGGCUGUUGGAGGUUAAGAACGAAUGUGACGGUGGUGAAAGGGAAGAAGAUGGAACUGCGGACGAGGAAGGGAUGGAGGGAGAUGAAACUCUGGAUGGGGAAGAGUUGGAAGAAGAUGGAAGUGCGAAUGGAGCUGCAGAAGGAGACGGGGCUGUGCAAGAGGAAGACGAAGAAGCUGGAUGUGCGGAUGAAGAUGCAGUAGGAGAAGAUGGAGCCGAGUAUGUUUUAUUGAAAAACGGAGCCGCGGCAGCUGCCGGCGCAGGCCGGAGGGCAGCUACCCGCAAAAGACCUCUUCAAGGGGAGGUUGCCAUAGUGCUGACGCCCAAGAAACCAAAGACGGCUCUGGCUGACCCCUCUCCGAGUCAGGAGAGUGGUCGGGGGACCGGUAGGGGCUCCCGCAGCAGCCCCCGUGUGACACGAGCGGUCGGCCGACCGGUACGUGUGGUCAGGCGGCCCGCCCGGCUUCAGUGAUAGGGGGAGGGUACACAGUAAUUUACGCUGCCUUAGCUGGAGUUGGAGUGUCCUUUCGACCUGUAACGUACCAUUCAGGGGCAGAUCGCUGCAAGCCUGAUGGGGAUCAUGGAACUCGUAGUCUCAUCAGACACGAAACAUUUGUGGAGCGGGCACAGGUUUCGAAAUGCAUUCUUUGUUUCAACAUUAAGUUCUUACUUAAUUCUGGGCGCUUUACAAUCCCAACACUCUGACUAUUUAAUUACGAGGCGGGAUGGGCGUGUCUCGGUGGGGUGGCGUCGGCAACGGGGCUCUCUGGACAACCUCUAAUGCGCGACGCGUUCGGCUUGGUGGCGGCGACUGGCGAUUUAGUUUGUUUGAAUCCAUUUUAAGUUCUUGUAUAUGUGUGUAUGUGUUUAUUUGCUUGUAUGUUCUUUAACAGAGCUGGUGCCUCGAAUUAAGCACUUUCGAGUGCUUUUGCACCAGUUCUUACUUAUCUUGAUUUUGUGUAUUCUUUUGUUUCUUAAUAAACGUGAUGAUGAUGAUGAUGAUUAAAAACCUAAAUUGAGAACGGCAUUCAUCAUGUCGGUGCUGAUUUCGGCAGAACCAUUUCAGCGAGGCAGUCGUUGAGAAACUUGUAUCUGUUUAGAUUACUUGCUAUCUUUUUCCUUAUGUUGAAUUAUUUCAUUACGUUAACGCUGCCAUCGUUGCGAAUAGACGUUUGUAAAUAAUCAGACAUGAUUGAGUUUUAUUCACGAUCGAUGGCAACACAAGUCAAAUUCCUAAAACCAGACGUUUCGGCCACAGGGUGCCUUCGUCAGUGGACACUAGUGAUUAAAUUAAAAACACAUAGUAUCAAAAACAAUCGGUAUAAAUCGUUCGAAGUCGACACAUCGGGCACAGGUUUCGAAAUGCAUUCUUUGAACGACUGCCUCGCUGAAAUGGUUCUGCCGAAAUCAGCACUGACAUGAUGAAUGCCGCUCUCAAUUUAGGUUUUUAAUGUUGAACCAAAGAAUGCAUUGAUGGAGCAUUUGAAUCGUAACAAUGGUGGAGUUACCGCUACAGUGGAUUUGUACACAUAGCACAGUGACGCACACGUGACUGUACGUAAGUUACGGUAUGCUAGCGUUCGAGAUAUCAGUCUCAAAUAUGAACUUUGGAAUGGGUAUUGUUUUUGGAAAUACGAGUAUAUUUUCUAAUUGAAGGAGGUCCCACAGAUUCCCUCGACAUGAGCCUCGUGAAUUUAAGGUGUUCCGUUGCCAUUCUGUUUUGUAUAAUAGAUGCAGGGUGUAGAAUGUAUAGUGUGUAGCUUCCGUAGAGUUUUGAAAUGGUCUCAUCAUCGCCUCAGUCAUUAUACAUUAUAUUGUUGCAUUGCGAUGGCCUUUCAAUGCGUUAUAAAUGCAUUCGUGUUAGUGAAUAUUUUGAUCAACUUUGUGAUGCGUGAACUCAGCAUUGUAUAGCAAUUGGCUGGUUUGUUUAUGCGUAAUAUAUGCGUAUUUUUAACCAUUG